UGGCGCGCGCCCGUGGCGUCACAGAAGGCGGGGCCAGCGCCGCUGCCGGGUGCUGGAGGCGCCAUUGGAACCGGCUUGGCUUGUGAGCCCCGCUGAGGAGCCGGAGGUUGGGCCACAGUUACCGCCCCGUCAGCUCCCGGUCCUUGGCCCCUCAGCGGCAUGGCGUGCGGGGCGACUCUGAAGCGGCCCAUGGAGUUCGAGGCGGCGCUGCUGAGCCCCGGUUCCCCGAAGCGGCGGCGCUGCGCCCCUCUCCCCGGCCCCACUCCGGGCCUCAGGCCCCCGGACGCCGAGCCGCCACCACCGCUGCUUCAGACACAGAUCCCACAGCCGUCUCUGCAGCAGCCCGCCCCGCCCGGCAGCGAGCGGCGCCUUCCAACUCCGGAGCAAAUUUUUCAGAACAUUAAACAAGAAUAUAGUCGUUAUCAGAGGUGGAGACAUCUAGAAGUGGUUCUUAAUCAGAGUGAAGCUUUUGCUUCCGAAAGUCAACCUCACUCCUCAGCACUCACAGCACCUAGUUCUCCAGGUACCUCCUGGAUGAAGAAGGACCAGCCCACCUUUACCCUCCGACAAGUUGGAAUAAUAUGUGAGCGUCUCUUAAAAGACUAUGAAGAUAAGAUUCGGGAGGAGUAUGAGCAAAUCCUCAAUACCAAACUAGCAGAACAAUAUGAAUCUUUUGUGAAAUUCACACAUGAUCAGAUUAUGCGACGGUAUGGGACAAGGCCAACAAGCUAUGUGUCCUGAAGCUUUUGUUGCAUAACUGGGUACCAGGUUUGACCUCAAGAGAUGGCUGCUGUACACUUUUUGCAACUGGUUUGAUAUCACAUUUCAGCUCCAACUUUUCAUCCUGAGAACACUUAAACGUUUCUGCAGGUCCAUUUUAUACAACUUGAAAGACCUUAAAACUUUCUGGUUGCCACAAGCGUAUCUUUCUUUUCUGCUCAUCCAAUAAACAGCUGUGCCCUACUGUGA